UGCGCGGGCGGCACCGCCACCACGGCUGCCGCGGCGUUCUGAGGCGGAGCGGAGCGGUUGUGCUGUGCUGGCCGUGCCCCGCCGCUUCCCGCUCGCUGUCCCCGCUCAACCGAGAUGGUGUGCUGAGUCAUUUCCAAGAGAGGCUGCUGUACCACUCUGAAGUACCUAUGAAGAAUACAUUUAAGAAUUGAAGGUGUGAGAAUUCACCAGCAUUCUCCUGGCUAGAAAGCUAGCCCCCAAGUGAAUGUAUUGAAGAUUUCUAGACUUGGCUGGACGAAUAUCUCUACCUCCAGUUUUAUGAAUACUGCUYGCUAUGGCUGUGGAACUCUGUUUGCUGCUGCUGCUGUGUUGUGGAAGUACUCUUUCAGAGGUACAGCCUAUAUACAAACCACCUCCUGGAACUUUGGAUUUUGGAUUUGUACCAGCCAAGACGUAUGAUACAGGUGCAUACCAUGAACCUGGGGCAAUUGGAAUUUUGUUUAAAAUAGUACAUGCAUUCCUCUACUUAGUGCAGCCAAAUUCUUUUCCUCAAGAUCUCAUCAGAAAACUAGCACAGCAGCAGUUGGGAAAUACACAGGGCGAUUAUCAAAAGCCAGAAAAUGUUGUCCUGACUCUUCAGGCCAUCUACUAUGAAAUCGGUUUUAUAGUCUCCGCAGCCUUGGGAUUGCUAUUUAUUUUGUUACUGCCUCUUGUGGGACUUUGCUUCUGUAUGUGUCGUUGCUGUGACAACUGUGGUGGGGAAAUGCACCAAAGACAGAAGAAAAAUGCUGACUGUCAGAGGAGCUGUUUUGCAACAUUUCUUUUUGUUGCUUCUUUAAUAAUAAGCGUUGGAGUGCUCUGUGCAUAUGCUGCCAACCAACAUUUAACUAACCAAGUCCGAGGCGCAAAGAAACUGGUUAACAGUAAUUUUAAAGAUCUGAAAAUUUUCCUUAACGACACUCCAGCGCAAAUUGACUACUUGGUGAGCCAGUACAACACAGCUAAGGAUAAAGCACUCUCUGACCUAAAUAAUGUUGGACCUGUGCUUGGARCCAGAGUUCAGGAACAGCUGGGAAAAGAAGUGCGUCCUGCACUUGAUGCAGCUCUGUCAAUGGCAGGAGCCAUCAGAGAGACAAAGGAAGCACUGGAAAAUGUGAGUGUCUCUGUAGAGGUUUUGCAGGAGGGAACWGAGAGACUUCAUGCAAACCUGACAGAUGUUAAAAUGCACCUGAGCAACACCCUCAAUGACUCCGCRUGCAGUGCGGCCCAGGCUGCCUCAACUUGCAAUAUCAUCAGGAAUUCAUUAAGUCAACUGAGCAUCAAUGCCAAUUUUAGUGGGUUGCCAGGCGUGAGCUCACAGCUUGCAAAGGUCAAUGAUGUCCUUAAAAUAGACCUUUCUAGUCUGGUUCAAAAGGGUUAUGCAGCAUUUAAUGAUACUCCAGACUUGGUGGUGAAUCAAACCAGGAACAUUUUAGCAGAUAUCAAAAGCGUGCUGGAAUCCAUUGGCUCAAAUAUUACUACCUUCACAAAUGGGCUCCCUGUUCAGAAGGUUUUAGCAGAUUUAAUGGUGUAUCUUACACAGAGUGAGGCAUAUGUUCAAGAUUAUUUUCCAGUAGUGGAGCAGUACGAUUUCUACAGGUGGCUGGGUUGUCUCAUUCUGUGCUGUAUGUUGGUCCUGAUUYUGGUCUUUUACUAUCUUGGUUUGCUCUGUGGCACCUGUGGUUAUGAUAAACAUGCUUCUCCAACAACCAGGGGCUGUAUCUCCAACACUGGAGGAAACUUUCUUAUGGCUGGUGUUGGAUUCAGUUUUCUUUUCUCCUGGGUGCUGAUGAUUGUAGUGGUGCUCACUUUUGUCACAGGUGGAAAUGUAGAAAAAUUGGUCUGUGAGCCCUUUGAAGAUAAAAAUUUAUUCAAGGUUUUGGAUACACCUUACUUACUAAAUAAGCACUGGAAAAACUAUCUUGCUGGCAUCAUCUUUAAAAAUCCAAAUGUCAACUUGACUUUUGAAAAAGUGUACAGUGAUUGCAAGGAAAACAAAGGAAUUUAUACUUCCCUACACCUAGAAUACCUGUUUAACAUCAAUGAGCUUYUAAAUAUUAGUAUGUAUACAGAAGAUGUAGCACUUAAAAUUGAACAUAUUCAGAUAAACCUCAGCAAAAUCAUUCUGCUGGAUGAAAUUGGAAAGGAGAAUCUUCUGAAUUUCAGCUCUUCAGGAAUAGAUGGGAUAGACUUUUCAGCAUAUUUGACAGAGAUCAAUAAAAGUGUUACCAAGGUUGAUCUUCUCUCAUUUGCUAAUGAUUUAGAAGCAAGAGCAGACCAGUUGCCAAAAGGAGCACUGGAAAAUGCCUUAAAAGGACACGCAAACAACAUUCGAAUGAUUCAUAACCAGCARGUCGUUCCACUGGAGCAAGCUAUGAGCACUUUAAAUCAGAGCAUUAGGUUACUGAAGAGGACAUCAUCUGAACUUAUGGUUAAGGUGAAAAAUGUCAUUAGUGCUGUUAAUGCUGCUCAGAAUCUCAUAAAUAACAACGCUUCUCAAGUUAUUGUCCAGGAGACAAAAAAGUACAUGGAUACCAUAGUUGGCUACUUUGAGCAAUACACUGAGUGGGUCAAGGAGUCGAUUGCCAUGGAAGUAGCAGCAUGCAAGCCUAUUGCCAAUGUGAUAGAUACAGCAGUAGAUAUUUUUUUAUGCCGCUACAUAACUGAUUCYGUGAAUACGUUCUGGUUUGGUUUGGGAGGCUCUUCAAUGUUUCUAAUUCCUGCCAUAAUUUUUGCUGUGAAACUCUCUAAAUACUAUCGUAGAAUGGAUACAGAGGAUGUAUAUGAUGAUACGGAAAAUGGUAAUAAUGGUUAUCAUAAAGAGCAUUUAUAUGGUAUACACAAUCCUGUUUUUACAAGUUCUUUGGAACAGUGGUAACACAUACUGGAAAUGUUAAGUGGCUAUAUAAAUGAGGCUCAAGACUCUUCUACAGGAGCACAUUGUUAUUCUUCCAAGCGUAUUGGCAUUUCCAUCCAUCUGACAAAUCCUGAGCCACUCGUUUAAUGUCAGCUGUACUGUAAAUCCAAAAUGUACUAUUGAAUGUUAUGCCAUAAACUACUGUACGGAAUAUUUUGUGAUCAGGGCACUGCCUCUCAAAUACCACUGUUCAAGGCUUGAAUUAAAAUGUUUUUUUGGUUUUUUACUUUUUUACACUGGGCUUUCUACUUAACAUCACAGUAUAUGAAUUAAUUAGAYUAACAGCCUUUGCCUAGCAAUUGUCUGACAAUUGUUCGAGUUCUUAUCUUUAAUUGUUGAUUUGUGGUAAAUACAGUACAUACACGUUUACAUAAAAAUACAUUUUGUAUACAGCGACUUUUGUAUAUACGUUUUUCUUAAAACUUCUAAGUGUUUAGUUAAAAUUUUAAUAUUGUAUAAUAUUCUUCACAAAUGAAUUUACCAGCAUGAUCAGUGUUGCUAUUUGGUGCUCUUGAAUGACUACAUUGGACUAAAUUUUAAUUGUAAUGGGAUCCACAGUGUCUCUUUGUGUGUCUAAGAAGUUAAGUUGCAGUUUUGUUUUCUCCCUUUUUUUUUAAGUAUUUAAUAUUAGGGGGUUUUUCUGUAUAGAUCUGAAAGGGACAUUUUGGAGAAGUUUGUUUUUAAACUUUGGGGGGGGGGUUGGGAAUGUGUGGGAUGCAUAAUGUAGUGAAAAACUAAGCUUUCUAGAGUUCAGUAGUACUCAAAAAGAGCAUGAGGGAUGUUCUGUGCUGGCGAUCUUUAGAAUGCUUUACAUUCUCCGUCUUCCUUUUUUUCUGUCACACCCACUUCUGUAAUGUCCUUAAUAGUAUCACUGUGGCUCUUUUGGAGACAGUGAUAGUAUUUUUGCUAAAUAAUUUUAAGCUGUGAUUUACAAAUUGAAAUUCAAAUCUGUUUAGCAAUUGGAGUUAACAUUUGUACUAUUAGAAUUAUUUCCUUGAAUUUAGGCAUAUGGUUGAGUUGAGAAAUUAGUUAACAACAGAAUUUAUCAACAAGGCCAAAACUGUGUUAUAAAUAUAAAACUUUCCAGCAGGUGAAGUAGUCAGUAUAUUGAUCUAAAAUAGUAUCUCUUCAUAUAUCAGUAUUGUUAACUUUGUUUCAGACAGGGUUCAUUAUCUUCAAGUAGGGAUAAUCCUGUAAGUCAUUAAUAUAAUUUUAAAGAAAUGCUGAAAAGUGAUACCAGUCUUUAAUCUGGAAUAACCUUAAAAUUUUCCUUUUUUAGGUCAUAAAUGGAAACAUUUCUAAUUGACAGUAUGUAGCAUAUGUGUAUAUGUAAUAUUCAGAACUGCAGAUUUUUAAAAGUUUCUAUUUUUAAUUUGAGAAAAUGUUCCCAGUUCAUUUAAAUAAAAAAGAACUUGC